ACCUUGCCACUGACUUCAGGGUCGCAGGUUCUUAUCCUGAUAGGCAGUUUGGGCUAUAAAAACGAGGCAGGCACAUUUCCAGACAGCUAUCAGCCAGACUCUGUCUCUGUCAAGCGCUCGUGUCUUUUGGGUGCUUGCUCCUUGUUCCUCCUCUGAAUCGGUAUGGCCCGGCUUGUAUCUCUCGCAUGUUUUGGUCUCCUGCUGGCCCUAGCGGCGUGGGUUUGUGGGGCGCAGGAUAGCGGGGUGAAGCUGUGCGGCCGCGAGUUUAUCCGUACCGUGGUGAUGUCAUGCGGCGGAGCGCGAUGGAAGCGCUACUCCCCAGAGCUUGGACAGCCAAGGGUUAAUCCUUACAGGGAGCUUCUUGAGUGGCUGGACAGUGACAAAUUCAACAGCCUGGGGCACCUUGAAACAACUGCAGAGCCCCAGGAUUGGAGCCUGGAUGCUGGGAUCUAUGGGACAUCUGCAGAGAGGUCUCAGGACUUCUCUCAGAGUCACGUGGAGACAGACAGAGACAGCUCAGAGGGGGAAUUCCAGCUCCAGAAGUGGUCUCCCCGAUCCAGACGGGAUGCAGGCCCGGCAAAGGUGUGCUGCAAGUGGGGCUGCACCAAGAGCGAGCUGGCUAAGUUCUGCUGACCCCCGUGAUACUCACCGCUGCCUGGAUCCACUCAGCCACCUGCUGCUCAAGACUGAGCGACUCUACGGAGCACAGUGUCCAGCAUGCUGGAUGUUUCAUUUCCUAUAGACUGCUCUCAAACGUCUCCCCCCCCCCCAGUAAAAUAACUGGG